CUGAUGGAAGUGGGGAAAGUUCAGAGAUAACGGAAGCCGCGGAGACCGAUGUCAUCCUUUUACUUUGAAUAAAGUCAACUCACCUGCUGUUGGCACUUCGCCCACAAUUAAUAUCAUUCACUUCAGUCAAAAUGCAAAAAUCACAAGAAGGAUUCACCUGGACUGCAAAAGGUGACUUUCAAGGCAAAAGCGUGCUCCUCGUUGAAGCUCGAGAUCGCAUUGGCGGUCGUUGUUGGACUGCAGAGGCGGGAGACGAUACCAAGGUGGAGCUUGGUGGCACAUGGGUGCACUGGCAACAACCACAUGUAUUUAGCGAGCUGCAACGAUAUGACCUCGCUAAUUUUCAGGAAACUGUAGCGUUUCCUGAGAACGGUGAGUUCGUGGUCAAGGAAUCGCGGUCUCACCCUGCUAGAGUGCAGAAUUCUGCUGAAGGACAAGUCAUGAUGGAACGACUAGAAGGACUGAUGGAGAAGUUCUUUGAUAAUCCGGACUACCUCGAACUGGAUAAACUCAGCCUAGCGGAUCGUAUUGCGCAGCUCGAUAGUUGCAGCCAGGAGGAAAGGUCAAUGCUUAGCGCGCAUACCGCUUCUUUCUAUGGCGUCUCGCCGGAAAAGGUUUCCUUUGCCGAAGUGCUUCAUACCCAUGCAUUAUGCAACUUUGAUCCUGCCAUGAUGGAUAUAGCCAUCAUGAAAUACAAGAUUGCACGAGGCACCACGGCCUUCGCGCGCGCAAUCCUUGAUGACUACAAGAGAGCCCGGAUCUUUGGUUCUCCUUUUGUGUCCAAAUUCGUCAUCCCGACAAUCCCCAUCAACGUGAUCUCAUCCAUCACCUUCGAUCCCCCUCUAUCUACACUCCAAAGGGAAGUUUUCUCCACCGGCGUUACCCCGGCAAAGUCAGAUAAGCUCCUGGUAUGCACAUCAUCCGAUCUUAGAAACGGCUUCAAUGUCACCUGUGAGGGAGGCGAUAUGCCCUAUACAAGCGGCUUUGCAGAUGGAAAGCACGGCAACCAUACCCUCCUCACUUUGCUUGCCCAUCCAGGGAACAAUCUGGACCGCUCAGAGGAGAACAUCCGUCUGAUGGAGACUCUUCGACCCACGGGCAUACAGGUUGACUCGGCAUGUGGCCAUCUCUGGUCCGAGGAUUCAUAUGCUGGCGGCGUCACGCCGGUUCGGGGACCUGAAUUCUUGCAAAAGUAUCAUGAUGCGAUAAGGAGGCCACACGGACAGGUGCAUCUCUGUGGGUCAGAUUUUGCGGAUGGCGGGCGGGGGUUUAUCUCAGGUGUCUUCGAAGACGCCUAUCGAGUCACUAGAGACAUAUUGCGAUAG